GGAGUGUUACAAGGGGCCAAAUAAAGCAUAACUUUAUUUAGCGCAAGGUUUGCCAUUACUUCAAUCUUCGCGAGGCGCUUCUUUUGGGGGUUUUCUGCAGAUCCUGCUUUAACAGUGCAAUGGCAUUAACGCAAGUUUCUUCUAAUAAGUGCUGCGAUGGAUAUCAGAAAGUGUUCGAGCAUGACAGCUCCGAGUUAAAAUGCAAAAUGAAGUUCGCCAUUUACCUUCCUCCCAAAGCUGAGAGCUCCAAAUGCCCGGUGUUGUAUUGGCUUUCAGGUUUGACAUGCACAGAGCAAAACUUCAUCACUAAGGCAGGGAGCCAGCAGGCAGCUUCUGAACAUGGGAUCAUCAUCGUAGCUCCAGACACCAGUCCACGUGGCUGUAACAUUGAAGGAGAGGAUGAGAGCUGGGACUUCGGGACAGGUGCAGGAUUCUACGUCAAUGCCACCCAGGAGCCCUGGAAGACCAACUACCGCAUGUACUCGUAUGUCACCGAAGAGCUCCCACGACUGAUUAAUUCUAAUUUCCCUGCUGAUCCGGAGAAGAUGUCCAUCUCUGGUCACUCCAUGGGGGGCCACGGUGCUCUCAUUUGUGCACUUAAGAAUCCUGGGAAAUAUAAGUCAGUGUCAGCGUUUGCACCCAUCUGUAACCCUAUACAAUGUGCAUGGGGACAGAAAGCUUUUUCUGGCUAUCUUGGACCGGACAAGUCCAUCUGGGAGUCGUAUGAUGCUACUGUAUUGGCUGAAUCAUAUUCUGGGCCUGAGCUUGAUAUUCUGAUUGAUCAAGGCCGUGAUGAUCAGUUCUUAUCUGCCAGUCAGCUGCUUCCUGACAAUCUGAUCGCUGCCUGUUCCAAGAAGAAAAUUCCUGUGGUUUUCCGCCUUCAGCAGGGUUAUGAUCACAGCUACUAUUUCAUCUUCUCCUUUAUCAACGACCACAUCAAGCACCAUGCCAAAUAUCUGAAUGCCUGAAACUGUGCGUCAUCAUGAGUAUGGAAACAUCCCUUGUUGCCUUUCAGAUCUUAACAACACCUACAGUAUCUACACAGCUGGAAAUGACUAUUGACUAGUCACUUUCCCUCAAACUGCAGUCCAACUCUGUAUUUUCCUCAUGGAAAAAUUCAUAGGGUGAUGUUUGGCUAUAGACAUUUCUUUAAAUAAAGGCAUUUGGUUGUGAUUUUUGUA